CAACAGUUGCCGAACCGAAGUUAUCAAGGCAGUAAACUAUCACUGGACAGUGGUCAUUUGGCAAUUGUCGAAGGAAUAAGUAGUCUCUAAUUCGGAAUUAUUGCACCUGGUUGUGUGAUUCAGAAAUGUAUUUUCAAAUCAAUUUAGCGUUUUAACGCAUAAAAUAGAUCACGAUGGCAUUGAUUGAGGCUAAAAUAUUAACGAAUCACUGAUCUCGGAAGUAAUUGAAAGGAAAGUCAAAGGAUAUUCGCUGAGUGAUUUUUCGUACCAUUGAAAAUAUAUAGAAAUUAAUUCAUUUUAUAGUUUACUCGGCAUCAGUUCAUAACUUCAAGCAGUACUGUUCGUUUAAAAAUAUUCAAAAUACAAAUUUAAUUGAUGAUGAAAACCAUACACGCCUGGUGGCUCAUAUUUGUAAACAGUUUUCCAACAUAUUCGGUAAACAGCCACGCAAUAACGAGUUCAGAUACCAAACAGCAUAAUAACUUAACUCAGGUUUUAUUACAGGCUAUUCGAACAAAUCGUGAAAUAGCAGAAGAAAGAACAUGGGAUGAAUUUCCAGUAGUACACGAUUUCUUUUUCGAAUCAGAAGAAGGAUAUCCUGAAGAAGGAAGGCGUGAAUACUCAAAUGAUUUUCAACCACUGUGCCAGAAUGUACGAAGACGUAUCGAGUUAAAAAGUGAUAUUUACGAAUAUUAUCCUCCCCAUUACGUAGAAACAGUAUGUCGUAAAUUUACACCAUCUGGCGUAGGUGAACUUUCGAGGAACACGAAUAAUCAGUUUUGCGCUCAACCGGGAUUUAGAUGCGUGCAACGAACUCAAACAUUAUACUUGACUAGAAAACGUUACGACAGCGAGUGUUGGGAAAAUACCAAAGAAGUCAUUGCAUCGGGAUGUGACUGUAUGUGGCCAGGAAGAUAUUAAAAACAUCGUGUUC